AUGAGGAAAUUUUCCAAAGAUGUCCCAAAAGUUCAAAUUUGUAGAGUUGUGCCCUCAUCCAAGAGACGAGCAAUCUUCGAAGAGGCAAAUGCGGCAUUGUUGGCGGGACAUUUUAGCAUGAAAAAGCUAGUGAAGCAGCUGUCGAAGCGAGAUGGGCUGACGACUGACGGAAAUCGCUAUAUGACUUCAGCUUGUGGACGAACUUUUGAAAGCUUGCAAGGUGCAUACGCUAUCGCCCUCAAAAAGUGUUGGUGUAGUCAAGGGAGUAUUCUUCGCAAACGUGCAGUCGCUGAGGAAGCCUCAGCCAAAUACAUAACUUAUCUGAUCAUGGGAGGCGAGUGUGAUAACGAAUGA